AUGUGUCCGGCGCCCACCAGACAUCUCCGCCGCCGCGUCCAGCGAAUCGGCGCGCGCCACGUCGCCGCCUCCGCGCCGCCGCGGCCCGCCAGGCCCGAGGCCGGCCCGCCCGCGCGCGACCGGUCCCCGAGCCACCCGCGACGCCCUGCCGUGCCCCGCCGCGUGCCGCCGCCGUCUUCUCGGCACAGCGCCUCGCCGCCGCCCGGCCUGGACCUCGCCGCCCGACGCCUCCCCGCCGGCGGCGCGACCCCGCCGCCCUCCGGCCUCGCCUCCUCCUCUGCCUCCGGCCGCCGGCCUCACCUCCGCCCUCUCCCUUCCGUCGCCGGCGAUCGGGAGCCUCGAGCAGAGCCGGCCCCGAUCGGAUCUGGGUACUGUAGCAAGGCUACUUACAAGAAGCUCGAGGCUGACAUCUCUAAUCUGAAGACCCGCCUGAAGACGCAGGAAACCGAGACCCGGAAAGCCAACGCCAAAUUUGUGUCCAUCCCCGAAACCCUAACUUCCCCGCCGCCACCGGACGUGUCCGGCGCCCGUCGGACAUCUCCGCCGCCGCUUCCAGCGAAUCGGCGCGCGCCACGUCACCGCCUCCGCGCCCCGCGCCGCCGCGGCCCACUGGGCCCAAGGCCGGCCCGCCCGCGCGCGACCGGGCCCCGAGCCACCCGCGACGCCCUGCCGUGCCCCGCCGCCGGCGCCGCCGUGCGCCGCCGCCGUCUUCUCGUCGCCGUGCCUCGCCGCCGCGGCACAGCGCCGCCGUCGCCCGGCCUGGACCUCGCCGCCCGACGCCUCCCCGCCGGCGGCGCGGCCCCGCCGCCCUCCGGCCUCGCCUCCUCCUCUGCCUCCGGCCGCCGGCCUCACCUCCGCCCUCUCCCUUCCAUCGCCAGCGAUCGGGAGCCUCGAGCAGAGCCGGCCCCGAUCGGAUCUGGGUACUGUAGCAAGGUUGACCCCGAGCCCCUCAAAAUUUCCUAA